AUGGAAGGGAGAGGAUUUUCUGGUUUAUACAAGAAUUCAAGUGAAGAGUUGUUCUUGAAGACAGUGAUGGAGAGUCCUAUUGGUAUGCCAGUACCUACCAUGGAUAUGUUAGGAUUUAAGACGAUUUCUCAAAGCUUUCGAGCCGAUAGUGAGGAGCUUUUCAAACGCUGGCUAACAAAUGAAGAGGGAUACAAUUCAACGAGCAUGGGACUUAACAGUCGAUUAUCGAAGAGAAUCUCCACUGAACUAGUUAAUGCGUCUAAUCAGCAACGUGUUGGUGUUGCUUUGGAUGGAAGAAACAAUGAUAAAUCAUGCUUACAAAAUAGCUUUUUGGCAAAUGAUGUUUCGGGGGAUUUCAAUUUUCCAAUCAGAGAUCCUGUUGAUAGAGAAUUGCAAUCUAGUAACUUGUUUCUGGCCAAGGCCUGGUUUCUUACCGAUCAACGAAUGACAAGAAGCCGGUCUUCUGAAUUGCGGCGAAGGUAUACCGAAAUGCAAAAUACUCAAGCACCACAAGGACUGGAUUCAAUGUUCAUGGCUCCUAAGCAUGACGCUAACAUUAUAAAAGAAGAACUUGCACAUUUCAAUGGUUUUGAUUACCUUUCAAUGUGUGAAAUACCGAGUCAAAAGGGCUCAUUCUUGUCUCCAUCCAACUCAUCUUCAUCUACCUUCAACACACAACAAUUGGUUGAUGUAGAUAAAGUUUCAUCUUGUGUAAGUAUGCUAAAAGGCACGUUACAACGCAAGAGACUCGAAUGCCAAGUCGAGAAAGAUGCUGCAGAAGAUGGCUUAAACGAAAUUUUUGGUAUUCGAGAACCUCUUUUCCAAUCUGGUUUUAAUGAAGGACAAGAAAAUUGGAAUCAUCACAAGCUAGUAAAUGUUCAAGGAGAUUUUACCGAUCAAGGAGUCAUUGAAACACUUGAAGGAGCCGCAAACUUCGUCUUAGAGGGUUUUGCGAAUCAAACGAACCAAAUACACGGUGGAACGGCUUCUGGAGAACCUUCGCAAAGUGAAUCUUCUGCUGCUGCACCAGUAAUCUCAUCUGGUUUAGAUGCUUGUGAAGGUCCUAGCAAUUCAAGUCAAACUCUUUGUGAUAGCUCAUGGAAACAAGUGGGAGAAAGCACUCAAAAUAGAGCCAAAGGUGUUAGAGAACAGAUAAUGGAUAAUCUGAAAGAUGACAGAAAGAGGAAAAGACUAGAGAGAUAUGCAUCUGUAACAUCGGCUGUUUCAGAUGACAAAGUGGACACGACAAAAAAGCGAAGGGUAGAGCGAUCAAGAAAAAUGGCUGAGGCAAAGGAAAGAAAUUUGACACCAACAAUUCCCUCAGAUAUGCAAGCUGUCAUGAAGCGAUGCGAAAACCUUGAGAAGGAAGUUCGAUCGCUAAAGCUUAACUUGUCCUUCAUGAAUAGGAAGGAUUCUGAACAAACAAAGCAGAUAGAGGAUCUUCAGAAGCAGAAUGAAGAGUUAGCAGAUGAAAAAGAGCGCCUACUCGAAGAGAUUGAAAGACUUUUAGCAGAAACUGGAAAGAUUUAA